AUGUUCUCGCUCCGCACCGUCCUCGGAGCGCCCAGCGCCCUACGCCAGCUCCUCCCCUCCAUAUCUCGCCGGUCAAGCCCUGGGGCCAUGUCCCUCCGUCCCUUCUCGCAUAUGAUUCGGAACAGCCUGACAAGGUUGCGCGCCACUUCGUCAGCGACCAGCAACGCUGUUGCCCCCACGGUUGGGGCCGCUCGGCAGAUCGAGCAGGUCCGAGGGAUGAAGACCCGAUCCUCGGUCAAGCGACUUUGUGAUGGUUGCAAGCCUGUGCGUCGAAAGAACCGAGUGUACAUUAUCUGCUCGAAGAACCCGAAGCACAAGCAACGACAAGGAAAAUAG